AUGAGUUCUCCAUCAACAUCUUCUUCAUACAUCUUACCAGACAGCCCGCCACAGCGCAUCCUCAACUACUGGCAGCGGAAAGCUGCCCUCGCUGCUGAGUUGUCCGCUGCCGCCUCCGCUCCCUCACCGCUCAGCGUGGAACCACCAUCACCAUCCGGGGAGAUCAUCGUUGGGGACAGCCCUAUUCAGCGCUUGGCUCCAGCACCUACCUGGGCACCGCGGCGUGCGGUGCUAGCUACCCUCUCGAACAACAUCAAGCAGAAGCAGGCAAAGAGGGAGUUGGUGUUUGGGGACGAGCCUGAGGUUAGCGGGGAAGAGGAGGAGGAGUCAAUCUACUCUCAAACAAAGAAACGAGCUGUAAUGGAGCAUGACUCCUCACUCGCCCCGCUAAUGAAGGAGGUGGAGGGCGCGGGAGAGUUGGACUUUGUCCAACUCAUAAACAAACCUCUACCCAAACCGUGGAUCCCGCUGAGGGAGUUGAAGGAGGAUCUACCGUACUGCAUCAUCAGAGCUCGAGAGGACACCAAUAAACACGGUCGACGUGUAAUUUUAAAAAUAAGGAAUGCAGGAAGCAAAUAUUGUUUGAAUGCCAUUCAUCUUUCCAAAGUGUAA